CGGUAGCGAGGGUGGCGAGCCCGAGCUGGCCAAUACUAAGCUGCCUCUGUAGCCGCCCGACAGCUAAGGUCGGAUCGACUUUCAGCGCAACGUCGGCGGAUAUUGCAAUACCAAUCUCGAAGAGGACGACUGUCCCCCCCGUUCUAGGUGGCAGAAGAGAGAAGUAUCAGAAUGGUUGUGUCGUGCCGCCACACGCGCAGGAGAGUCGAGCAAGCAUGCCAAGUUUGGCGGGUGAUAAAAGCGACCGUAAGCGUGAGCUGGCUAAUAUCCAGCCGUCCCUUCAGCCACCCGCCGACCAAGACCAGGUCAGCUUUCAGCAUAAUACAGGUCGUCGUCGUCGACGUUACGAUGCCGACGUCGAGGGAGGACUAUUCUUCCAUUGUAGGAAGUGACGCCAAGCAGGGCAAGGAUAAGGAUAUUAUCCGACCGCCACUAGGGAAACGCCGCAGGGCAAACACUUCGGCCCUGGCAACCUGUAGAACGGCGCCCAAGCGGCGAAUAUGUCCAGAUCGACGCAGCAGUUCCAUACCGCAAUCUUCAAGGGGACCCGCUUUGGAAGAGAAGAUAGUCGAGGACGCCUUCACUAGCUUUAAGGAAUGGCCACUCGAAGCGGUUCUCAAGCGCGUUUUGGUGGGUGGGGAAGCGAUUUUUCAGGUGGAAUAUCUGUUGCGUGGGACAGGCAAACUGGUCAUGUCUUGUGCCUAUAUUCCGUAGAAAAGGAGCAAGAGGACAGAAAAACCCUGAUGUGUGGGGAGAGCCAGGCGAGGCGGGGCAGGCUGGAGUAUAUGGACCAAUGGGGCCUACGCAAACACCCCCCU